AUGUCGACCAGUCAACAACAGCAACAAAGAGAAGAUGAAGAGCGUCAUGACCUCUUGAAUAGAAGCAUCCAAUCCGACAGUGGUAUCAGUCUUUUGUCCAUCCCAGAAGAUGAAAUGUUCUCUAGCCACCGUCACAGCACCUGCAGCACAGCUUCUCCAAUCCCAAGAAUCGACCGAAGCCAACUACGCAAUCAAAACAAUGGACCUCAAGUGGACCUACUGGACAACAUACCAGUUAUCCUAACCAUGCCACGGAGAAAAAAUGGCAGUGCUGAUCAUGAUAUCGAGACAGCAUCCCGGCAAUCGAAAGCACCAUCGAUACAGGAGCAAAAACUUGGACUGGACGAAGCCUAUUUGAUGUACAGUCGAGCCGAGAGUGCAGCUCUGAUGAUUCAAAAGAGGUUUCGGGCACGUCAUCCCGAAUUUGUAAAAGAUGUGGAAAAUGGCAACAAUAAUGAUGAGUACAUAUUGGAAGAAGAUGACAAGGAGGAAGAACCACCAUCGACACAGUCGGUGCUUACGUAUCUCUUUAUUGCUUGCACCAUGUUCGUGCCAAUACUGAUGGGAUGGAUCAGUAAAUGCAUUAGCAUGUGUAAUAGGACAGCCGGUGAUGGUGUGGAUGCUACGGAUGCUGCGGAUGGCGCAGUUGCUGUGAACAACAUGGCAUCAAACGGAGUCGGGGCGAAUGGUGGAGGAGGCGGCGGUGCUGCUGGAGGAGCCGGUGGUGGAGGAGGCGGCGGCGGUGGACCCAAUCCGGUUCAAGCUAUGGCUGGACAAGCUGCCGGAGCUGCUGGCGCAGGUGCAGCAGCUGGUGCUGCUGCCGCUGCCGGAGCUGCUGCGGGUGCCGCCGGUGCUGCUGCUGGUGCUGCUGCUGGGGCCGCUGGCGCAGCUGCUGGCGCUGUUACUGUAGCUGCUGCGGCUGCUGCUACAGUUGCAGGUGUGAGUCUAGCUGCGGCCGGUACGAAUACCACUCUGAUGGCAACAGUCCCGAUAUUGUCUACCUGUGGCAUUGCCGAGCCGAUGGUACUGCCAGGAAGAGUUACAUUCCUUUUGGAGGGUUUCGAACGCGAAUUUGAUGAUCGCGAGGCUGUUUUGUUGGAAGGUCUUUUGGUAGAAGCCUACAACAACAUUACGUUGGGCCCGGAACGAGACAAUUGCCAAGACAAGUACCUUCGGGAGCUUGCAGAGGCCACAUUGUUCGAACAAUCAUUCUUCCCCAAGACUGAAUUCAACAACUCCUACAUCGAAACCACAUUUGAGACCAUCACAGUGUGCCAAGGAUGUUCAAGCGACAACCCAAUGUUUGGCGAUGCAGAAACGACUCGCCGUCAGUUGCAGGAACAACUCUCUAGCGGUGAAUUCUUUCAGCUCUUUCUCCAGAAGCUACUCCUCGAUGUCAAAGAGAUGUCAGACGAGAAAGAAAUCCAAGAAGGAUUUCUACAAAUGGGACGGGGCUACACCAGUGAUCCUACAUCGGGAGAAGAAACAAUGGUGACCGAGAUCAUUACGAUAUUCAAUGAAGCUGGUGAAGUUGCGGCUCUUACUUUGGCGUUCACAGAGAAUGAAGUAACCACGAUAACAACGGUCAAUGUCCUUCCGGUGGUGACAACGGCACCGUCAAUAACAGUGACUAUCGAACCAACAACAUCAGAACCGACAAUGACUCCUUCCCUUUCGCUUAUGCCGUCCCCAGUCGAUGCUACAAACUUUCCAAGUGGGAUUCCGUCGGUCUUCCCCAGCGAAUUGCCAUCCGAGAACCCCAGUGAAUCUCCCAGUGAUGUUCCCAGCAUAACACCCAGCGAGGCCCCCAGUACGGUACCCAGCCCAAGCCCAAGUGCGACUCCGACGAUCAACUUUUCGGGUCAACCAACGAGAGAGCCGUCCAAGAAUCCAUCCUCUCUGCCUUCUGUUGUACCCAGCGAGUCGCCGAGUAUGGUUCCAAGUGUAGUACCAAGCGACCAGCCAUCAUCCAAUCCCAGUAGUCAGCCAUCAGAUGUCCCCAGCGUCAUACCGAGUGAAUCUCCAUCCAUUGUGCCAAGUAUCCUUCCAAGUGCAGUGCCCAGUGACGUUCCGAGUCAAUUGCCGUCCAUGUCACCCAGUGAUAUACCUAGUUCGAACCCUACCAAUUUCCCGACAAAAAGACCAACUCCGGAACCUUCAAGGAACCCAACACCCAGUCCUUCAAUCAGUGUUCGACCCACACCAUGCAUUUGGCGCGCUGCUGAGAGACGACAAGGAGGUUCCAUUGGAAGCGGGCCCCAGAAUUGCACUGGAAUUGACCGUACCCUCUAUAACGCACCCAUCUACAUCUAUGAUCAGAGCCAAGAGGGAGAUACUGUCAACUUUCGAGUUAAUUGGGAAAUAUUCUCAGACAGUGUCAUGUCUUUGGCAGCCAUGACAUAUGACUCGGCUGCAAACACUAAUACCUGCGACUACCAAACUGGAACAUUCAGUAGCCGCAACUUUCAAGGUGUCUGUACUGGCGGCUCCCUCGAAGUCAUCUUCUACUUUUACAUGUGCGGUGAAGAAGUCAAUGUUGCUCCUAGCAACUACUGUUCUCGACCAUCGAGUAUGAGCAACUAUCGAGAGUGGAGAUACAAUCUGGAUUGUUACGAAGUCUGCGAGACAGAGGCACCUACUUCCGGACCGACAUCAGGCCCUACAGAGUCCAUGAACCCUACUACUUCUCCUUCCGCAAGGCCCUCAAAGUCUCCAACCCCAGCGCCAUCCUCAUCGCCAACCAUCUCAUUCAAACCGAGUCGUUCUCCAUCUCCACCACCAAGUGGUGCUCCGUCUAAAUAUCCCACCAGGUUCCCUACCGAAGCGCCAAUAAGUGGAUCAACAUUGAGGUAG